GUUGGGUUAAGGUGAUCAGCACUCAGCCUUUGUGGGCAGGUGUGUUACCUGUGGCUCCCUCAGGAAGCACUUCCUGUGGCUUGUGCUGCUCCCGCGGCUGACCGACAGAGACACCAAUGGAUCACACGACGGACGGAGGAGAUCCUCAGAUAGUUUUCCUCGUCAUUGCCUAAUUCACCGCAAUCCGCGUUUGUUGUCUGAGCUCGAGCCGGCAGUCAGCCCCUCGUGUUUUUCUGUUUGUUUUUUCCUUUUUUUAUUUAUUUUUUAUUUAUCUGUGGUGGCAGACGGAGGGGAAGUGCUUCCUGAUAAUAAAGAGGUGCGUCUUAUUUCCAUUCCAGUGAUUGACUGCGCACGGCUUCCACCGCCGGAGCAGGGGGCAUUGACGCAUUGUGGAGUCGACAGGGGGUAGUAGCACUGCAAAACCCGGCUUCGCUUCACUACGGAGGCAUCUCUCGGCGGAACCGCGAUGGCCGUGGUGCAGCUCGACACGGAGGACCACCAACCGGAGAACGGCUUCGUGUCCCCCGAAACCACGUCCGCGGGACUGCUGACACGCAUUGACUGCGCGGUCCUGCCGUUUCUCGGGGGAUUUGGGAAGUACCAGAAACAGCUGAUCGUGCUGACUUGGAUACCGGCGUUAUUCAUUGGAUUCAGCCAGUACUCUGAUAAUUUCCUCCUCGCGCAGCCGAACAACACAUGUGUGCAGCCUUUGGCCAACCUGACUAAUCGCACCGCAGGUUAUUCCUCGUUAUUGGACGGUCCGAAAAGCACCAGCGCGCGGCCGGCUCACCUCUAUGCCAAUGGAAGUUAUGGCACCCACAAUGAGACGACCAAGAUGCAGUGUCAGUGCAGUGAGUGGACGUUUGAGCUGCACAAAGGGCUCGUGCAGAAUGUGGUUACCAAGUGGAGCCUGGUGUGUGACUCAGCAUGGAAAGUUCACAUUGCAAAGUUUUCUUUGUUGGUGGGAUCGAUCUUUGGAUACUUGGUGUUUGGAAUCCUUGCAGACUGGUUUGGCCGCCACCCAGUGCUGAUCAUAUCAGUGCUGUUCAUGCUGGUGUUCGGUCUGACUGUGGCCUUUUCUGUCAACGUCCCCAUGUUCAGCACACUGCGCUUCUUUGAGGGCUUCUGCAUGGCAGGGAUCGCCCUCUCUCUCUACGUCCUCAGGAUCGAGCUGUGCCUGCCAGGAUGGCGUUUCUCCAUGACCAUGGUGGCCAAUUUUGUGGUGUUGGGUGGUCAGCUGUUGAUGCCCGGGGUGGCUUACCUCUGUCAAGACUGGCAGGUUCUCCAAGCGAUCAUCAUCUGCCCCCUCCUGCUGAUGCUCUCCUACAUCUGGAUCUUCCCUGAGUCACUGCGUUGGCUUCUGGCCACUCAGCAGUACUGCCGCUCCAAGUGGAUCAUGGGACACAUCGCACAGAAAAACCGAGUGAACAUGGAGCUCGACGCAGAUAAUAUCCUCACAGAGCUGCAGAAAGCUCUUCAAAAGAAACCCAAAAAGACGUGCAUAGUGAAAAUGGUCGGGACGAGGAACCUGUGGAAGAAUAUUGUCGUGCUCUGCGUCAACUCGCUAACAGGCUACGGGAUCCACCACUGCUUCGCCCGCAGCAUGAUGGACCCUGAAGCCCACGAGACGACCAUGUUUCAUAACUUCUAUGCAGACUACUACACCAUGGCGGGCAUCGCGGUGGCGUCUUGCAUGGCCCUUUGCCCGGCGGUGGGCCUGAUGGGGCGGCGGGGCGGCCUCCUCAUGUUUAUGAUCAUCACGGCCCUGGCAUCACUGCUGCAGCUGGGACUGCUUAACUUGCUGGGGAAGUACAGUGACCAUCUGAAUAUUGAUAACUCAGGUACGCUGAAUAAGAACUUCUCUGUCGCCUUCUCCAUCAUCGGCAUGUUCUCCUCCCACGCAGUCAGCAAUUUGAGUAUCUUCUUCUGCGCUGAGAUUACGCCCACUGUGAUCAGGGGUGGUGGUCUGGGCUUGGUCCUGGCCAGUGCUGGCUUCGGCAUGCUGACUGCACCAAUCAUGGAGCUCCACAAUCAGAAGGGGUAUUUCCUUCAUCACAUUAUCUUUGCCUGCUGCACCCUCAUCUGCAUCAUAUGCAUCCUACUGCUGCCUGAAACACGCUACCAGCCCCUCCCUGAGACCCUGGCCGACGGCGAGAGCUACACCCGUCAGCCUCUCCUUCCUCCAAAGAAACCUGGAGAACAGCGCCUCUUGCUGGCUCAAUCUGAAAGCAGCAGGGAUUACACGAGGGUGCACGACACGCCACUCCACGAGGCAGCCAACACUGCAGUGUCCACGAUGGACUCCACCGCCUCGUCAGCUGUCGAUUUGACCGCUCAGUCGGUCGCCGAUGUGUCUGCUCCAGCGUUCAUGGAGGUGCACCCUUUUAAGCCUGACUCUAAAGGCCCCAAUGGUCAUUCUCUUUCAUCCACACCACCCAUCACAUCCCUGGGUAAAGACGGCAUCAUACAUGCAAGUAAAGAGCAUUUGUUGUCUUCCACGCCUUUACACAAAGCCCAGUGCAUCACAGACCCACUUUUAGGCAAUGCAGAAGAACCUCCAGCAAUAGUCCUGGAGUCCAUUGGGCCAUUGACGGAUUCAGCCACCCCUGAAGAGAAUGACAUUGAUCCUUCCCCAAUAAAAGAGAUUCCCAAUACCCCUUCCCUUUCUUCAGACUCUUCAACUCCUCCUAUCCCUCAAACUGUGCCUGGUUCUUUAUUGAUACACACCAUCCCCAUCAUCGAACCCCCACCAACUUCCACGUUAGAAUCCCCAAACCCCAUGGGUAACAAUAUCAAAAAUAUCGACACAGAAUUGGAUCCAACUUUGCAAGAUGACUGUAACAUCGCCGUAGAAGAUUCACCUUCUCCGUCUAUGCAUGAAAGUCCACUGCCAUCUCCUACGCCCUCUCCUGUUCUGAUGACAGAUCGCAACACUGCCACUGACCCUCCACCCCUCAUUGACGAACAUUCAGACAUUCAUUUAGAAAUAGUAGAUGAAACCACAUCUACGCCCUCCAGUAAAGACUUUGAAAAACCUCCUGUCAUAGACUCUGAACCGGCACAGGUAGACCCAACUCCCUGUGUUAAUGAUACCCUUUCCCCAGUCACUGAUUUCCCUUCACCCAGUCUGCCUCCACCUACUGACCAAGAUCAUAUACCCUCAGCAGACCCAGUCCCUCCCCCUGCUCUAGAUACUGACACCCCUACACCCACUCCUACCAUUCUCCCUGUCACGGACAUUGUUCCCACCUCCACACCAGAGUCAAUCUCUUUGACAGACAUUGUCCAGCCAGGGCAGGAUUCAGUUCCCCCCGUUGCUGUAGAUUCAGUACCACCUUCUAUCAACGAUCCAGACUCUACAGAAGCAACUCCCCAAUUGCUAUUGGACUGCACCGUCUCCUCCCCUAUUGACUCUGGUGUCCUUUCCAUCAGUGCCAGCACAGAAAACAACACUGUCAAUGGCAUGGCCUCAUCAUGAUCCAGUGUUGGAUGCAGCCAAGAAAAGAAGCUUAAUGGUUGCAGGAAGAAGCAGCCCAUGCAAAAUGAGGGGGCAUGAACUAUCCUGCUCAGACUCCAGGCAAUCGAUGAAGGCUAUCCAGAACCUGGGGUCGAGUAAACAUGUCUUAAAGAGCUGCUGUAUGUUUCUCAAUGCCCUCAUCCCUUCCUGCGUUAAGCCAAUAAAUGAGACCACGCAACAGAGAGAGUGCCACAGGCUGGUUUUGUGACAAUGUGACAGCAUCUUUUGCCCUUCUUUUGAAUGUCACUGGAAAUCACCAGCCUAUAAACUACUUUGAUGUAAAUGAAUGGGAAAUCACUGUUUGUCAUUUGAAAGAGACUUGUGACUAUACCAACAAUCAAGAGUGGUGAGAAAUGCAAUGAUGCUAAAAAGAAAACAAACUAAAAAAAUCUGAUCACUACUACUUUGGUUCAAAUGAAAUGUCCGUCUAACAUUUGUAUUAAAAUAUCGCCUUACCUGUAUUGACAACAAAACAAUCUGAAUGUUACAUAGUAUUUUUUUUUUUUUUUUUUGCUGUUACAGAGGAAACAAUCCAAAUUGGAGUGAUUUUUUCUAAAUACAAAGCCAAAAACAACUCAGACCAAAAUCAAAUGUAGACACAGUGCCAAAAACUGAGUAUAAAUGCAGAAUUUUCCUGUUUGGGGAAAUACUGUUUAGUGCAGUGGAUUAGAGUGAAUCUGAUAAACCCUUUUCAACAGUUUAGAAAUGAAAGAGAAACGCAAAUUGUGUAUCGGAAUAGAAAAAGUGACACGCUGUAUCACGAUUUGAUGAGUCAGAAUUGAGAGCUGUGAUUGAGAUUGCUACAGAGAUGUUUGAGAAAAAUAAUGACCCAUAUUUUGUCGGUCUAAAGAAACUUUUAUUUUUCCAAAUUGUUCCGGUCAAUGAAAUUUAUGGUAUGCAAAUGCUCUUAUUUGUAAAUGUGAUAUUGUAUGUAAAUUGAUAAUUAGUUGUUGAGCUUGAUUGAGUCUUUUUUUUUUUUUUUAAUUCAAAGUAUUAUUUUGAAUAAUCUCCCAUGGCAUUAUACCUCUACUUUAUUCUUACAGUAUUUCUGUCACCUCAGUGGGGUGGCACCUUCGUCUUUGCAGUUGGGACAAAGCAUGAAAAUAAUUGUGAACGUGUCAGCUAAACAAACGAGCAAACCUUAAAAAAAAAAGAAAAAGACACAAAUAUUUUCUUUAGUGAAAUCAAUGGAUGAUGAAAUGUUCAAUAUGAUCGCCACCUUUCAAAGCAUCGCUAACGUUCAGUGUGUUUUCCAAAUCAUGUUCUGGCAUUAACAUAGUUUAUGUAUGUUAUAUGUAUGUAAAUACAUUCACAUGCACAACUAAGUUUACCUUAAAAAAAUGCAAUAUCUCUUUUAUUUGUCACAUUGACAUCUUACAAUACAGAUUGAAUUCUUCUUCAUAGCUUCAUGAACCUAUUGAUGUGAAAAAGACGGACUCUUUUAUUAAGGAAACACUUUCUCUUCCAACACCUGCGUCCAUCUGUGGACAGCGUUAUACUUGACUCGUGUGUAACUGGACAGGUGUAGUUACAUACUCCAUGCAUUGGAGGUUGUAAUAUUAGUGAAAGAUGUGCUAACAGAUAGACCACUGUUUACAACAACAAUAAUAAUGAUACAUAGGAAUAAUAGUUACAUGUUACUGUAAAACACAAGAGCCAACUGAAUGAUGUCUUGUCAUUUCAAAUGUGAUAAAAUGUUCUCUUAGUAUAUCACUUAUGCAGGGGGUACUGGUGAUCUAUCAAGGUGUCAUUCAGGAAUCAAUGAUAACUCCAGACUUCUGUUAUUUACAUCUUGUGGUACUAUUAUAACAAACGUUGCAGGUACGUGACUCACUUCAAAUUUUCUUUUGCAUUAAUCCAAGUUAAAUGUGGCAAAGGCAAUAUAUCCUUUGGUAUGUGAAUGAUUGAGCAAACAUAACUGUGGUGUUUUUUUUCUUCUCGGAAGCAAUUUUAAUCAAAGUAAAAAAGUUCCAUUUGGUUUAGUCCAUUACGAUCUGUUAAUACACCAUGAUGUAAGAAAACUUUCAUUAAGAGAAAGUUUCAUAUGAACAAGUCAUGUCUUACAUCCAUAUGCCAUGCUGCUAAACCUCAAAGCACAAUGCCCUGCUAACAUGUGAUGUCAAAUUUGGUGAUGUAUUGAUGAAAAAAAAAAAAAAAAAAGGGAAAAUUGAGUAGGAUGUUGCAUAUGAUACAAAAAUUACUAAUAACACAACUUUUGCAAUAGACCAUAUGUAAUCAGUCUUGUGAAACAGGAUGGCAAAACUGGAUUUACUGCAGUAGAACUUGGGUUAUCUGCAGAGGUCAGUAGCUUCACAUUGUUCUGAGUCCUCGAUGUCUGUGAGUGUCUGUCUCUCUGUCUCAGUGUGCGUAUUGCAGAAACUGAUCUGUGUAAGACAAUAUCACGACACAGCACAAUACAUCCAGUGUCUUCUCUGAGAUCUGUUGCUUCCAUUUCCACAACUCUCAUGCAGCUAUUUCAGAGUGCUGAUUGGACCUUCUACGUUCAAAUGCAUUUGGUUGGACUUUCCUUGCAGAUAAGUUAGAAAAGUAAAAGCAAUCCAAAGCAUUGUUAGCACCAGCGCUAAGGCAGACAAUAAGACAGGGAGCAGUGGUAAAGCAAAAAAAAGAACAUUUUAUGCCUUUGUAAAUAGUAAAUGUGUGAAGACCCCCCCAGCUUCAAUAAGAUGAAGAAUAAUAGCUCAUAACAUGGACUGGUGAAAAGUAUUGAACUUGGUACUUAAAAGUCUCAGACACAUGAAGUCCCCAGUGUACACAUUUCAGGUUUUGCUUCUCUCAACUGUGCGACUCAGAAUCUCUUGAUGGGAGAUUUGAAUGAAUGUAAAAACCGUGGAUUGUACCAUUUAUAAUUUCUGAUUGUUUGAUUUCAUUUUGUAUUUGUUUUAACAGACAUAAUGCACUUGUAUAUAAGCCAUACCUGUUGUUAAAUAAACCACUAUUUAUUGAUCA